AAAGAAAACGAGGUGUGUCCACAUUGCCUCUCCAUCAUUCAUUCGAUCACUCUGGUGACACAGCGCAAGUGUGAGUUUUUUUUUUGUUAAGAAGCAGACGCUUGUCAAAAAUAGUCCUUAUAUCAUCCUUGCAUUGGAUGGCUAUGGUUGGUUGUAUACAGAUUGGAAUUUUGGACAUUUAUGACACCCUGAUCGAAAAAUAAUCUUGAGGACCGACAAAUUAAGGAAAAUAGAAAUGAGCACCAAUUCGUGGGUGGCCAUUGACAGGAUGCGUCAGUCUUGCCGGUCAGAAGUCAAGCCUCAGUAUGUUCACCAUUUGGCCCCAAGGUCCCUGCCUGAAAUCACCGUCACGUCUCCGCAACGAAAAGAUCUCAAACAGAGGUGUGUUAAGUGUAGUGCGGUUGCUGUGAUCUGCUUGCUGCUCCUCUUGCUGCUGGCGGGCAUCCUCUUGGCCUAUUACUAUUCCUCCACCUGCGUGCAUGGAACACCAUGCGGUGGUAAUACAGGCUGUGUGUGGGAGUCCCAAUGGUGUGAUGGAGUGGUGGACUGUCCAGCGGGGCAGGAUGAAGCUCAUUGUGUAAGGCUUCAUGGUACCAGUUUCCUGCUUCAGAUCUUCUCAACUCAGACCAAACAAUGGAGGACCGUUUGUUCUCACGGCUGGACAGCCCAGCUGGGCCAAGCAAGCUGCCGGGACAUCGGAUACAGCGGGAGCACAAGUGCUACCUCUGGCCUACAUGAGGCAAGCCCUGAUGACACGUUCCUGAUGGUGAAAUCCAACCUAAACCCUCAUGUACCUGUCGUGCAACAGCUCGCUCUCAGCAAUUACUGCCCAAACAACACUGUGGUGACACUGCGAUGUACAGAUUGUACAGGAGGAGUAAACUCCAGUAGGGCUUCUCGGGGCCACCGGGCCUCCCUCGGCGCGUGGCCAUGGCAGGUGAGCCUCCAGCUUGCGGGCUCCCACCGGUGUGGAGGUGCUAUCAUUUCCCCCAACUGGAUUGUCACAGCAGCCCAUUGUGCCCUCAUGACAUCCAAUCCUGGAGACUGGUCAGUGUAUGCGGGGCUGGUGGAACCUUUGGGCAUUCACUUCAACCCCGCUCACGCUGUGAGCCACGUCGUUGCUCAUGAACGUUUCGACAGAGUAACUUACAGGAAUGACAUUGCUCUGAUGAGGCUCAGCAAACCUCUGGACUUCACAGCCUCCAGUAACGUUGGUCCCGUGUGCCUCCCAAAUGUUGGGCUAAACAUCUCGGCCCCACUAAAUGUCUGGACAACAGGAUAUGCUGUUUCAGUCAAUGGAGACUCUCCAUACCUGGUUGAGGCUCAGGUUUCCCUCGUGGAUGUUGCGGGAUGCAACAGCUCCACGGCUUACAAAGGACUGAUAUCGAAGGAAAUGCUGUGUUCCAAAGGGGCGCAGACUGGAUCGGACACAUGCAAAACCGACAGCGGCGGACCUCUGGUUUGGCAGAGACAUGGCCUAUGGUGGCUCGUUGGGGAAAACAUUUGGCCAGAAAGUUGUAUCGACCUGAACAAACCAGGUGUUUAUAACAACGUCACCUAUUUUUUGGACUGGAUAUACCAUCAGAUGAAGAAAAAUCAAGUUGACUGACGACAUGGCCACUGGGCAAAGACGAUCACGGUGGGUUUAAAUGUUUUUAACAACAUUUCUAAAAUACAUUGUUAUUUCCAUAAUUCGUCAUUUUUUGUACUUAUACGUAUAAUAUGGAAUUAUUAAUGAAGUUGAUGGUUUGCUCUAUUUUCCCAAGAUGACGAUUCAGUAUUGCGGGCACAGCCAUAAUCUAAAUCUGAUCAAGCCGUUUUCUAAAAACUUUAGACAUGAAUAGAUGGUUUGCCAAAUUUAGAACAUUAGAAAAAUAUAAAUGCUCAUUGCUUGGAGCUCACGCCACAACAUUUGAUCAAUCACAGGCAGCCAGUCUUCACGUGAUUAAGGAUGAUUAAUUUAUCCCAAACAGUGAAGUUAUAAUCAAACCUUCAAUGUUACCAGAAGUUAUUUAUUUGCAGCAAUUUUAGUAACAACAAACACACUGAACAAUUUAAAUAUUUCUUCAAGAAUCAGUAGUGGCUUUGGCUUUCCUCACGAAUCAGUUGCUUGCAAUCGCCAUCAUUUCCACUCGAUGGAAUAUUUCCACAUUUAGGUUUUAAAAGAAGCUGAAACUCCUGAUUCAGGUCCUGCAGCCUUGAUUGUACGCGUGCUUGAGUCACUUAUUACAAAGCAAUAUUGCUCUGUUUACAAAUGUGCAGCAUGUGCCAAACUUUGAAACUAAAAUUAAACUCACAUUCAGAUCAAUUUCAAUAUAAAGUUGAACACAGUUAGUAAAAUGACAUUAACUCACCGGCACUGCAUUGAUCAUAGAACUCGAUGUCAGUUUGAGCUUCACGAGUGCAAAACCAUAAAUGGUCAUCUGAGCAGGAAGGUGACACUUUUUGUGCCUUCCUGGUCAGAAUGUCGAGGCAGGAGCUCUUGCCUAACUCUUUCUUGAACGACUGUUGUAACAAAAUGUCAAGUGUGCAGGCUGGACAGCCGGAGUGGUGCAUCAGCUCAUUAAAAAAAAAAAGGAAAA